AAAAUGCCAAUGUUAUUGGCUUCACGGCGACAUUCUUGUUGCAUAUGUGGUGUAAUUUUUCGUGGUGGAACGAUCUUAGUUGCACGAAAAAAUUGCGAAAAACAAUGAUGUACGAUGUAGCGAUUGGGAAAGAUUUCCACUGACAAAAGCACAAGAAAAGUAUGCUUCUAUUGAUGCUUAUGCUGGCUAUGCGAUCUACCUGAGACUCAAAGAGAUGUAGAGUGUACUGACAUCGCUUUUUUUUGCUACACAAGCUGUCAUUGGAACUGAAGAUUUUUUAUCGCUAAUAUUAUUCUGGAUUAUUGACUCUACUGAGCGAUUUUAUUAAGACUUGUGGGAUUUUAUUGCAGCAGAAUCUGUCGACAUUUCUUCGUAUUAUUGUGUGUUCUACAGGAAUAUAAUUACUGACGUCAAGAAAAUAGAAAAUCAGUGAUGUCUUUGACAGUCAUAGUUCUGCUUUUAAAGGUCACUGUUCUUACCGUCGAUGCACGAGAUAGCUUUAAUGAACAAUUUGAGGCACAAAGAAAAAAAUGUUUUUUGAAAGAUGCAAAUCGCUUAGCACCCGAAACCAAGCAUGCAAAUGGUGAAUAUUGUGCCGUUGAUUUCUACGCAACCUGUUGGCCCAAAACACCAGCAAAUCAAACUGUGUUUCUUCCCUGUCCUUCUCUUUUCUUUGAUCAUCGCUUCGGUAAUGUUUCAAGAAGGUGCAAUAGUUCUGGUCUUUGGGAAAGAACAAAUAUCAAAAAUUGCAUUAGAAAUUAUCAUUCUGAGUCUCAAGAUGAAGACAUUGAACUGCGUGUUUAUGUCGCUCUCAAUUGGUUUUCUUUGUCCAUUAUGGUCCCCUCUAUCUUCGUUAGUGUAAUUUUUUUGAAGUGCAAAAAUGAGCGGUUUAACGUUCACACAAGUCUUAUUCUGGCGUUUUGUUUUCGAAUAUUGACAUUUUUCAUUCAUCAUUAUGGAAAGCUUGAUGAUAAAUCAAGGAUCUCCUGUAAUAUUACGUGGAUUAUGAAUCGUUAUUUUGCCGCCACUGAAAUUAUGUGGAUGUUAAAUGAAGCCUUACUUCUGUUAAGAAAAGUUGUCGUUAUUUUUAACAAAAAGACCUACUUUAGAUACUACUUGCUCAUUGGAUGGGUCGUACCUUUAGCCUUCAUGUCUGUGUAUAUUCCUGUUAUGUUUUUCUUGGUUGAUCGUACUGCAGACAAAUGUUGGACAAAUUACAGAAAUUCACCAUACAUGUUGGUCCUAUAUCUUCCACUUGUUAUUGUUCUAAUUAUCGACCUUAUGGCACUUCUUUACACAGUGUCCAUUUAUGUACGGCGACAAAAAGUAAAUCAAAAAGGGGAUUUUCUAAAAAUAAGAAAAGCCAUCAAGGGAACUCUGGUGCUGUCGCCUUUACUAGGAGUGAUUUAUUUGUUGAUAUUCUUUGUUCCAGCAAAUGCUCCGGUCUGGUAUCAAUAUUUCUUAAGAAUAGCCUAUCCCAUGCAGGGAACAUUGGCAUGUCUAGUUUAUAUAACGUUCAGCAGUGAACUGGUGAGCAAAGUGAAAUUGACAUACCACACGUCACUCCAAAGAAGUCGUAUGUUGGAUAAAGGUUAUUCGUGGAGCUUUAACUACCGCAUAAGAAACUCAAACAGAUCUUCUAGAAGGAAGACAACUUCCUCAUCCCCAGACCCAUCGAUAGAAGCAAGCGGCCUCUCUCACUCUUCACCAGCUUGUGAAGACGGUCCUGAUUGUGGAUGCCCUGAUUCGAUCAACGUACAGAGGACUGGGUUAAUUUAUGAAAGUGCACAAGCAGAAAAUAGCGUUUGAUGAGUUCACUUUUCACCAACGUGUGUUUAUUUGUUCUCUUGCAAAAUGAUAAACGCUUUUGUUUUCAUUUUUUAUAAAUAUGGCUAUCCGUAAAAAGAGGAAUAAUAAUCACAGAUGCAAUUCAUCACCGGGAAAGUCUUGUUUAAAUUAACUAUUUAAUAGUUACCUACAUAACCUAACACCAGCAAUAUUUGUUGUAAAUUUCUAAACAAUAAAAUUUUACUGAUAGAA